CCGGAAAUACAAACUUCGAAUCGAAGCAGAAUUGUGGAGUACAGUCGCGUUGUUCCUUCUUUGGAAAUGGAAAUUAGAUGUGUACUAUGGGUUGUGUUACUUGUUGCUGGUGUGAAUGUGCAUUGGCAGAGUUUCGCCUUCCCUAGCUGGACUCGGGUACAGACGUGGCCUGUUCCUUACAGGCGCUUUGAUCAUCGACCUAAAGCAGAUUCUUACUGCCAAGCAGUCUAUCCCUUUUGCCCCACUGGACCUACAGAUGGAAGCAUUCCCCUUAUGAAAGACAGUGACAUCAUAGAAGUCUUCAGACUACAAGCUCCUGUAUGGGAGUUCAAAUUUGGGGACCUGCUGGGUCACUUUAAAAUCAUGCAUGAUGCAGUUGGGUUCAGAAGCAUUGCAACUGGUAAAAAUUACACAAUGGAGUGGUACGAACUCUUCCAGCUUGGCAAUUGCACAUUCCCUCAUAUUAGACCCGAGCUAGAUGCUCCUUUUUGGUGUAAUCAGGGUGCUGCCUGCUUCUUUGAAGGCAUAGAUGAUCUACACUGGAAAGAAAAUGGAACAUUGGUGAAAGUGGCAGAAAUGAAUGGUUCCAUGUUCAAUAAAAUGGCCAAAUGGGUGAAGGAAGACAAUGAAACUGGCAUUUACUAUGAGACUUGGACAGUACAGUCAGAAUCUUCACCCAACUCAACUGUCUGGUUUGAGUCUUAUGACUGCUCCACUUUUAUCCAGCGCACUUAUCAGAAAAUGGCAGAACUUGGUGUAACAUUCCUCAACAAAAUAAAAACCAACUAUACCAGAAUAUACCUGUAUAGUGGAGAGCCCACUUUUUUAGGCAAUGACUCUACUAUCUUUGGACCUUUGGGAAACAAAACCCUAGCCUCAGACAUCAGAAAUUUUUACUAUCCGUUCAGACCUCAUCAAUUUGCAAGGGAGCUUUUUGUAAGUUUACUGGAAGUAGUGGAAAGGGUAGUACUGAAUAAAGUAUUUUAUCUGUAUUACAAUUUUGAAUACUGGUUUUUGCCGAUGAAAUACCCUUAUCUCCGGAUAACAUAUGAUGAAAUCCCUUUACCUCAUGUUGAGGGGUAGCAUUCUGGUCCAUCACUCUGCUUUCAUUACAUUGAAGAGAGAAAUGGGAAGUCUUGAAUCAAAAAUUUACACUGUAAAUAAUGUGCUACUGCUACAGACUUUUGUAUCUUAUUGUGCAAGAGACAUUUAUGUGUGCUGCAUGUGUGAUCAAGUAAACUUUGUGAAUGUUUUAAAAGUUA